AUGUCCGUUGACAACCCACCUAAACCAACUCUUGUGUCAAUCAAGAAAAUCACUGAUCCAAAAGACUUGGAUACAAGUAUGAUGCAUAUAUUCAACGAUUGUCAAUUUUCAAUGGCAGGGCAUAAAAAGCUACUUGUCCUCAUGAGAUCUGUAUUCAAUAGAGCUCUAGAGCUCAGCUUGUUGGACUAUUUUGCCUUGAGGUUCACUCAGUUACUAAAUCACACUUUAAAGUUUAAAAAAGGUGAGCCAAAUGCUGAUAGAGUUGCCAAAUUUGUUGCCCAUUUUGUACGGUCAGGAGCAGAGGAGACCGCCAAAAUAGAGGAGUUGCACAAGGAGGAGGAGCAAGGAAAUAAUGAUGACGAAACAAUCAACUAUUCAAAGGAGGAGCUUGCUAAAAUUGAAGCAAAUAUAGAGUUUGUGUCCUACUUGAUAAAACAUCUUUUGCGCGGAAUUGAAGCGUCUAACAAGCUGGUUCGAUAUAGAGUUGUUCAGCUAUUUGCAUUGAUUAUAAAGUACAUGGGAGAUAUUGAUGCUGACAUAUUCCAGGUGUUAAUCAUAUCAUUGUAUAAAAGGUUGAAUGACCGUGAAGUUCCAAUCCGAAUGCAGGCCGUCAUUGCUUUAUCCAGUUUCCAGUAUUUUGAUAUCAAUUUUGACGAAGAGGAUGAUUUGGAUGCGGCUGAGGUUGAGGUUGACGGAAAGCUAUCCACGAGUAAAGUCACAAACGAUUCCAUAAUCGAAUGGCUAAUGACGUGCUUGCAACUCGACGAUAGUGCCGAAGUUAGGCGUACGGCAAUGUUAAAUACAGAAAAGAGCAAGACUACUAUUAACUUGCUUUUGGAAAGAGUCAAGGACCUUAACAGCAUCAAUAGGAGAAUUGUCUUUUCAAAAAUCACUCCCGAAUUAGGUGGAAUGAGUAAUUUGAAAACAAAGCAUAGAGAAAUAUUAUUACAAUAUGGACUCAAUGAUAGAGAUAAAAGUGUUGCAGAAGCUGCAAUUAAACUAUUAUGCAAUUCAUGGUUUGAUUCAUGUGAUGGUGACUUGAACAAGUUUCUUGAAUUGAUGAAUGUGACACGGAGUCAAAUAGCCGAAAAGGCAAUGUCAACCUUGUUCACUUCCCGACCCGAAGUUGUUCAAAGUAUAGAAAUCACCCCAGAAUUUUGGAAAUCUCUAACCAUUGAGAGUUCAUUUUUGAUGAGGUCAAUUUUUGCCCACUGCAAUGAACAUAGGCUUUACAAGGUCAUUGAGACAAACUUUCCUGAUCCAUUGGAGUUGGCUGAUACGUUGAGGAAGUACUUGCAAAUGCUAGAUAGCAUUAAGCAAAAGAACCUUGAGGCCCACAAGUUGUAUGAUGGGUAUAUAAAGGAAAUCAGUGAGAUUGAGAAUGUAAUGUUUGAGUGUGACAAUAAAAUGGCAGCUAUCAAUCUUAAACUUCAUGCUUGCGUCAAGAAGUUGCAAGUGCUAGAUAGUGCUGAGGAAGUACUAGGCGAGUCGAGAAAAGCCAAGUCACAGCGUCGUAAAGAACAACAGGCAGAAAAACAGCGACUUCAAUCUGAGAUUAGCCAUUUGGAGCAAGAGUUUAAAGAGCAUGGGGAAGAGUACAAGAAAUGCUUUGAAAUGAAGGCGAUCAAAUUGAAUCGUCUCAGAGCGAAUAGAGGCGAGUUUGAAGAUUAUGUCGACAUGAGGAAGGAUUUGAAAUUUAUUGCCAAGCAACUACUCAUAAUUUGCAUCGACUUUGAUUUCAGCGAUGAAGUUGGUAGGAGGGCUAUGUUGAAUGUGAUAAGAACUCAGCUACAUGAAGACAAUAAUUUUGAGCAAGAUGAUGUCAUCAACAAAGCUAACAAUCAGGGCGAUGAUAUCGUUGUCAAUGCCUUAAAGGUGUUGCGUAAAAUAUCAAUCAAUGUGAAGGACUUUGUAGCCAUGACGGUAGAAAUAAUAACUGAUAUCAGAGACUCGACAGAGGAAACAGAAACAGAGGAUGUGUACCAUUCAGCAGCAAAUACAUUUGACGGUGGUAAAAUUGGUGCGCUGGCUAAAAGAAACAGUGAGAACUUUAACAAGGAUGAGACUGGUGAGGAAAAUGGAAAUGCUGACCCGUCACUAUCAGAUGAUUCUGAUUUAGAUUUGGAUGACUCUGAUGAUGAGAGAGAAGGCACUCACAAGAAAAGGAAAACGGGGCCCUCUGUCCCCAAUGACGAUAUCUUACUUCGAUGCUUGAAGCUAACAAAACACUCACUCGAGCUCAUUGACGAUAAUCUAGAUCACCAUCUUUCACUUCGAUCGAUUUACUCCGGAUUGGUGAAUUACGCAUUGACUAGAACAUCCAAUCGAGAACUAUACUUGACAGCACUCGAAUGUUUGGGGUUGUAUUCACUCAUUGACGAGCCAAUAGCCAAGGAAGCCCUAGUGACGUUUUUCAAUACAACCAAAACCUCUGGCGAAGAGGUUAAAUUAAUUUGUAUGACCGGAAUAAUCGAUAUCAUAUCCACUUUUGGAAUAAACAUCAUUGCUCGCGAGAGGAGGUUUGGAUUUCUCAGGCUAUUUUAUAAGGCCCUUUCUGAUGAUAGUCCGAGAUUGAGAGCACUUAUGGGUGAAGGUAUAAGUAAGUUGUUUUUGGCCGAUAUCUUUAUGAUAAAAACUGUGAAUGAAGUUGUUAGUGAAAAGGAAGCACAGAAAGAGAGUGGUGCUGACGUGAUAGGUAAUAAUAUUGAAGAUGAAGUGGAAAAUGCAGAGGAAGAUGAUGAAGACAACGAACUGGAAAAGGAGUUGUUUGUUGCCUUAUUGUUGAGCUAUUUCAACUCAUCUGCCGCAGGAUCAUCAAACAACCAUGAAUUGAAGCAAGUCUUGGCAUUCUGCAUCCCCGUUUAUUGUUUUUCCCAUCCAAAUCACCAGUUAGGCUUAGCUAGCGUCCUGGGUGACUUGUUAUUAAAAGCGCUGGAAACGACUAAUUUGAAGCCAGGUAAGAUUCUUCCUCAGUUGAUCGAUUGGACAAACCCUCAAAAUCUUGCACAGGUAAAGAGUUCUAAUGGUCGAGAUUUGGUAUCUCGUCAAUGGUCACAUAUAUGGCAGGCAUUGUACAUUAUAGAGGUAUUUGAGAUUAAAGAAUUGGGCAAAGAGUAUAGAAGAGCCAUUAUCAAUAACUUGGCCAGGAUUCAGAUUUCAAUAUUUGAGCGAGAUGAUGAUGCUAAUGAUUCACAAUAUUUGCUUGAUAUUACUGCAUUGUUGCAGAAAUUAGUUGAUGAAAUUGAUCGCAUGAAGGAAAUCUUGGAUAUGUACAAGGAUGAUUUCGAUUAUCAAAUGGACCGACUUACGAUGAAGAACCUACAAACUUUCCAUGAUUCAACAUUGGAUAAACUAGAUAUUGUAAAGAAAAAGCAAGAAGAUUUGGAAAAGUAUAGAAACAGGUCACUGAGAAACUCGGUCAGUCCUAAUGGAUUUAGAAGUAGGAAUAAUUCCGUGUUAUUGACUGAUGAAGCGGUCAUUGUUGGCGAGGAGAGGCAGGCUAGUAGCACACCAACGAAAGUGAAACUAGAGCCAAGGGAUUUAGUGGAUACAAAUGAUGCGAUGGAUUUAAGCAAAGAUGAUAUAGAUAAUAAUGAGGAAGGCUUGCUGAAGUAUGUUGAUGAAGAUGGGGGGGAUGUUGAUGUUAUCAUGCAAGGAACGGACGAUGAGGUGGAAUCGAUGUCUUCUAACAGAAGCAAUGCGAACGAUUCAAAAGAAGAAGAAGAUGCCUCUGAUUAUGAAAAGAAGCAAACAGGCAAGAAAAAGAAGCAAAAGCCAAAGGAAUUGAAUGUUGGGUCUGCAUCAAUCAUCAAAACCAAACAAGGUGUACCCAAUCGUCAAAGGACAUUUGAAGAAUUUAUGGAAGGUGCAUCCGAUAUUGACCUUGAUGAAGAUCUGGAUGAUAAUUCAGAUGAAGAUUCGGAUGAAGAUUCGGAGUAA